AUGCUACAGUCCAGUAAACUAAUGCUGGCAUCAGAAGCCAGGCUCUGCAGGAUUAGGACUAAAGUCUGCAUGGCACCGUCUUUUGGGAGACUGCUGCAAAAUGAGCUCUGGACAUGGUCAUGGAAGAAGAGAGAUGCUCACCCACCCUGGUUUUUGGGUAUGAGAGAGUGUUUGCAGUCACCAAAGCAGCGAGUUAAAGGUGUUAACUGUUAUCCUGGGAGACAGCAAGAGCCAUCUGUGUGUCUGUGCCAUGCAGCCCCUGCUGCUGUGGUUCAACAGACUGCUGUGGAGCAGAAGACAGAAGAGUUCAAGCUGGUAUACAGGUUUCCAGGGAUUAAGUACUGCAGGAUGCUGUCCAGACUGAAGCUGUUGCAGACUGCCACCACCAUGAUCAUGCUGCCACCCAUCACCUACCUCUAUUUGCAGGACCAGGUUUCUCAGAGCGUCUUCUUGUACACCAGUGGCAUUGCACUCUUUGCUGGUGCCAUGCUGUAUGCUAUGAGCUACUUUCUGAGACGAAUCAUUGGAUUCAUCUACUUAAAUGAAACUGGCCAGACUGUCAAAGUGGCCCACCUGACCUUCUGGGGAAGGAGGAGUGACCUGUACUGUCCCAAGGAGACAGUGGUGCCUUUGGAUGAAGUUGGAGACAGCAAGGAGGAGCUGCUGCUGCAGUUCAAACGGUAUAACAGCAGAGCUAUUUUGUAUUUCACCAUUAAGUAUGGACAGAUUGUAGACAGACAGAAGUUUACUCAAAUAUUUGGAGAACUUGAGAGAUACAGCAGCUGAUUUCCAGUGGAUUUUCUUGCUGUGUGUUCAUUGUGCUUACUCCUGUGUGAAGUUUAACUGGUUGGCCUGACUGAUGUUCUUGUGUCAUUUUCCUGUGCAUAGCCUGCUGGUAAGUGCACUGUGUAGGAGGUAGAGAACAAUCUGCUGCAUUUGGUGUCUUGCCAGCUCGUUCAAGGUGUGAGCAGCACCUUCCAUGUGGGAUACAGGGAUGUGUGUGGUGCUCUGUCACCAGUGGUUCUGAGCCCAAACUGGGAACCUGCAGGAGGAGGCUGAAGUAGUGAUGCUGACUCUGACUGUUUCAACUGGCCUCUUGGAUGCUUUUGAAACAGGAAAACUCUUGAAGUGAAAGGCAGUGACUGCCAGAGCAUCCUCACUUUAAAGCCACUGUUUCUUUCAGUGAGCUUUAGGUCACCUGGGAAGGCUCUUGGAGGUAAAACUUGUCUCAUGUACACAUGAUCUGUGUAUGUAUGUGCUGGAUGCCUGAUACUGCCUGGUGCAGGAAUGAAGCUGAGGUAGCUGGAAAGAGCAAGGUAUAGUGCUGCAUGGGGUGUGUGUAGUCUCUUGGCAAGGUCUUCCAGGAGGGGGUAAUAAAAUUGGGCAAAACAAGGGUGAAAGUCACAAAACAUAGGGGCAGCUCAGGGGCAAGGGUAGGUUAAAGACUUGGCCAACAUUUCAGGAGCCUCUCAUAGGAAUCAAGGAACAACACACCUAAGCUGUUGUGCUGUGAGUUACAGGGACAGUCUGUGAUGCCCUGUUCAGUUUGGGUCCUAAUGAUCACCUUAAAACAUGGAACUACUCAUCCUUCUUUGCAUAUAUUCAUCC